GUGAGCACUCAAAACACCUGCUGUCUACCACGUCUUCAGCAUCUCAACAUCUCCUACAACUCCAUUUUUCUCUCCGUCGAAAUGCCUGCUUUUCCACAGGCCAAUCCUCCAGCUUGCCUAGACAGUCUUCCUGUCCAACCGUUACUACCACUCUAUGCUGAGCAAAUACCACUGAUCUCAGUAGGCUGUAAUCAGAGUCGUCUAGUCUCAGCUUGGCGAACUUUCCUUGUCUACCUAUUAGCCAACUCUCCGCGUCUUUCUCGGCUAUCGUUGAUUGCCUGCACAUCUGAAUCUUGGGCAUGUCCACUUGAUCUCGUCGCUUUUAGUCAGCUACCAGUUAAAAUCUAUGAAAAAGGAGAGGCGUCUACUUUGCACGAUCAACAUCCUACACUUGCCACUCCUGUUGAUGGUGAAUAA